AUCAACAAUCAAACCGACCAAGAAACUGGGAAAAAAAGAAUAAAGAAAGAAAAAGAAAAAAAAAAUCAAUAUUGAUCAAUAAUCAUGCAGUUUUGAAGUCUGAAUUUCUAUAUGCCAACUGCAUUGCAUGUAUUGAUCAAUUAUCAUGAGCCCGGGUAUCCACAUUCUUGUUUCUGUUAUGUAUAUUUGUUUCAUUUUCGAGCCUGCGGAUGCUGCAGAUGGACCUCCACAGCAGUUUCUUCUGAGCUGUGGUAACCUGAAAGGUGGCGUGGAUGCUGAUGGCAGAAAAUGGGAAGAUGAUACAAAAUUCUUGGUUAAAGCAGAUAAAUCUGGCGAAGCCAAGGCGGAUAUGCAAGACCCUUCACUACCCUCUGAAAUUCCAUUCAUGUCUGCUAGAAUUUUUAAUGCAGAGACAUCUUACAAGUUUGAUAUAAAUGGAAGCAAUAGGCAUUUCCUUAGGUUAUAUUUUUACCCAUCUUCGUAUCCCAAUGUUAAUAUUUCCAACUCUUAUUUCGGGGUUAAUGUUGGUGAAACCACCUUGUUGAAUAAUUUCAGUGCUGCACUUACAGCUACAGCUUUGUCACAGGCUUAUAUAGUUAAAGAAUAUGCAUUGGCACCUUCGGAUUUGAAUGAUCUGACUGUGACCUUUAAGCCUUCUGACAAGUAUAGUGGGAGUUUUGCAUUUGUUAAUGGCAUUGAGGUGAUUGAAACGCCAGAAAUGUUUGAUGAUGAGACAGGAAUGGUGGGUUUUGCGGGUGAUUCAGGUGUGACAGUUGAAGCAACAACAGCUAGUAUGGAGACAAUGUUUAGAUUAAAUGUUGGGGGACAAUACAUUCCUCCAACAAAUGAUUCAGCUGGUCUAAUGAGGAGUUGGUAUGACGAUACAGCGUAUUUGUUUGGUGCUUCAAGUGGCGUGACAAAUGCAGCCAAUACAACUAUUGAUGCAGGGAAUGGAACAGCCCCUCUUGCUGUCUACUCCACUGCAAGAACCAUGGGUCCGGAUCCUAAUGUGAACAAGAAUUAUAACCUGACAUGGGUAUUUCAGGUUGAUGCCAAUUUCACCUAUCUGUUAAGGUUUCAUUUCUGUGAUUAUCUAGACGAGAAAGUGAACCAAAGGGUGUUUGAGAUAUUCAUCAAUAAUCAAACAGCUUUAGAUACCAUGGAUAUAAUAGGCUUAGCAGGUUCUGCAAAUAGUCCGAUGAAGAAGGAUUUUGCCAUCCUUGUGAAAGAUAACAAGGGUGAUAAUGAGAUUUGGGUGGCAUUACACCCCAAUGUGAGUGUCAAGCCUGAAUUUUUUGAUGCAAUGUUGAAUGGUUUGGAGAUAUUUAAACUUGGUGACUCAAAGAAGAACUUGGCAGGACCUAACCCGCAGAUAUCUGAUUUGAUGCAAAAACAAAUUGAUCACAACACAAAGGGAUUUGCUUCAAAGAGAAGUUACACAACUGCCAUAAUUGGAGGAGCUGCUGGUGGUGCUGCUGCUUUUGGGAUUGCUGCUGCAUUACUUGUGGUGAUCAAUAAUAGAAAAAGGAGAUAUCCUGGACAAGAUUCAGUGUCGAGUUGGCUUCCACUUUAUGGACAGACUCAUACAAGCAGUAGCAAGUCUGCCUCGGGGAGGAGCCAUGGCAGUACCCAUAUUUCAUCUGAUGCAGCAUGCAAUUGCAGGUACUUCUCACUGGCAGAAAUCAAACAGGCUACCAAGCAUUUUGAUGAAUCCCAUGUUAUCGGUGUUGGUGGUUUUGGGAAGGUUUACAGAGGUGUCGUAGAUGGAAAAAUGAAGGUGGCUAUAAAGAGAUCAAAUCCAUCUUCAGAACAAGGAGUUAAUGAAUUCCAGACAGAAAUUGAGAUGCUUUCAAAGUUGAGACACAGGCAUCUAGUGUCACUUAUCGGCUACUGUGAAGAGGAUAACGAGAUGGCCUUGGUUUAUGAUUAUAUGGGGAAAGGAACCUUAAGGGAGCAUUUGUACAAAAACAACAAAGUCACUCUUACUUGGAAACAAAGGCUGGAGAUCUGUAUUGGUGCAGCAAGAGGAUUGCAUUAUCUUCAUACUGGAGCUCAAUACACUAUUAUUCACAGGGAUGUCAAGACUACUAAUAUUUUGUUGGAUGACAAGUGGGUUGCAAAAGUCUCAGAUUUUGGGUUAUCCAAAACAGGUCCUAACAUGAAUCAAGGCCAUGUCAGCACUGUUGUAAAAGGUAGUUUUGGGUACUUGGAUCCUGAGUAUUUUAGAAGGCAACAACUGACAGAGAAAUCCGAUGUGUACUCAUUCGGGGUAGUUCUUUUUGAGGUUCUCUGUGCUAGGCCAGCUCUUAACCCGAACCUCCCUAAAGAACAAGUCAGUCUAGCUGAUUAUGCUAUGUAUUGUUUAAGGAAAGGAACUCUGGAAGAUAUGGUUGAUCCUCAGCUCAAAGGCAAAAUAAGCCAGGAGUGCUUCAAGAAAUAUACUGAUACAGCCGGGAAGUGUUUGGCUGAUCAUGGAACCGACAGGCCUUCAAUGGGAGAUGUUCUGUGGAAUCUUGAAUUUGUUCUGCAAUUAGAGUCGAAUGUGGAAAAUCCUAAACCAGCUUCCACAAAGGGAAGUAUGGAUUUGGACAAUGGUGGACCGCGAGAUCAGAGCAGUAUAAUGGCAAUGCAUAGGAACACUUUAAGCCUUGGCAGUGAAGACAAUGAUGGGGAUGGUAGUGAAGUAUUCUCACAGAUAGUUAAUCAGAAGGGGAGAUGACCAUGACGAUGCCGGGUCAGAAAAUAGUGAAGGCUUCUCACAGUUCGUUCGUUAAUCAGAAGGGAACCAGGGGAGUUGAACGCGGAAUGCAUUUGUAUGAAAUGAUCCUAUGA